ACACACUCUCCCUGCGCAUCACACACACACACUAUGGUAUCAGUUCCCUGCUUAAUUCCCCUUCAGUCCCAAUGCCCUGUUACACUGUGUCUAAGGAAACACUCCUAAGUUCGGCUACAUUAGGGCUCGUGUUUAUAACCGCUUAUUACGUCGGUCAACGCCACAGCAGGAGGUUCAGGAUGAGUAACUUUAAGAGCCAUGUGGCAGGAAAAGAUGACCCUGUGAUGCAGUACAUACUGAAACACUCACUAAGAGAACAUCCAGCUCUGAAGAAGCUCAGACUCAAAACCAUGGAGCACAGGGGGAACCCUAUGAUGGUGGCGUGUGAACAGUCUCAGUUCAUGGCAAACCUAGCAAGACUCAUCAAAGCCAAGAAGGCCAUUGAGAUCGGUGUGUAUACAGGCUACAACACUCUGAGCAUUGCGCUGGCGUUACCUGGCGAUGGUAAGGUGGUGGCGUGUGACGUGAGUGAAGAAUACGCUAACAUCGGGAAGCCCUUCUGGAAAGAGGCUGGUGUUGAACACAGAAUAGACCUGCGCCUGCAGCCGGCGCUCAAAACUCUGGAUGACCUCCUAGCUGCAGGGGAGGCCGAGACGUUUGACUUUGUGUUUAUCGACGCCGAUAAGCAGAAUUACGACAAUUAUUAUGAGAAAUCGCUGCAGCUGGUGAGGAAAGGAGGAAUCAUCGCCAUCGACAACGUGCUGUGGAGUGGGAAGGUGCUGAAUCCUGCAGAUGAUGACGUUGACACACAGAGCAUCGCAGCACUGAAUAAGAAGCUGCACAGUGACGUGCGAGUCAACCUGAGCAUGCUGACGGUGGGGGACGGUCUCUCACUCGCCUUUAAACUAUAACACACGCUAACGUGUGUGUGUGUGUGUCCUGCUCCAACACACCUGACACAAGGUUAUCAGCGAAGGAAGGAGCACAACACCAACGCCUUACGCACCCCUAUCAGUUCCACACCCUGACACGCCCCCUGUCUAUCAGUUCCACACCCUGACACGCCCCAUCAGUUCCACACCCUGACACGCCCCCUGUCUAUCAGUUCCACACCCUGACACGCCCCCUGUCUAUCAGUUCCACACCCUGACACGCCCCAUCAGUUCCACACCCUGACACGCCCCCUGUCUAUCAGUUCCACACCCUGACACACCCCCUGUCUAUCAGUUCCACACCCUGACACGCCCCCUGUCUAUCAGUUCCACACCCUGACACGCCCCGUCAAUCAGUUCCACACCCUGACACAUCCCCUGCCUAUCAAUUCCACACCGAGACACUGUAGCCAUGACCUGAAGGCCUCUGACCUCAUUGUUGCUUAAUUCCAUUAAGUUAGUUUAAUGUAUAGACACUUGGACUGAUGUACUGCGGCGUCACUGCUGAGAUCAUACAUCAGUAUCUCCGAGUGACUCCUCUUACAGGAAUUAACAAUUAUUAGUUUUUUAUAAGGAUAACAAAUGUCAGCUACACUAAGUUGUCAAGCAGGUUAGCGUUGUGUAAAUCACACCUCAAGGUGUACGUGAAGCUGUUGUGUGUCGUGUGUAUGAGGACAUUAAACCAUCUGUAACUCA